AUGUUCAAGGACAUUUUCUACCGUACGGACGUGUCGCGGACUGGAACCCUGUCUAUGAAUGAGCUGAGAAAUGCCAUCAUGGCUGUCGGACUGAGACUGAGCGACGAGAUGCUCAGUCUGAUGGCCGUGAGAUAUGGAGCCUCCUCUGGCCACAUGAGUCUGGAGAGCUUCAUCAGUCUGGUUCUUCGCUUCGAAUGCAUGUCCAAAAUUUACAAUAAGUUGUCCAAUGGAACGACAAUGACCUUGCGAGAGUCUGAGUGGCUGUAUCUUUCCAUGUACACCUAA